AUGGCGGGGCAAUCAACGCUUCGGCAUACUGCUGCUGAGGAGCAGUUAGCCGCCUUUCUCGACAAAUGGACCGGCAAGAUCAAGUCAAGAUUGCGCGGGACAACACGUACAACCCGUCUACUCGCGACAUUGGCCCUCGCAAUCUCAAUUAUCCUUGGUGGAGCCGGAGGACGUCGAUGGUGGAAGAACCGACGACAUGAGCGAGAGCAAGGACGAAAACUCGUGCGCACAAACUCAUGGCUUCACAACAAGGACGGAUCGCGAACCAUCUAUGUCCCAUAUAAAGAUAGCACAUCGAAAGUGGUCAUCAACACCACCAAGCCGCUCACUUUCGAUGCGCAUCGCCGCUUGUUUCUGAACCCUCCCCGUGUGUCUGGUCUACGUGAGGGAACGGUACCGGCAGCGCAAACGAAGCCCGGUCUUAAUAUUGCUUUUCUGCACCAGUUCCUGAGCUUGAUGAGCAUCAUGAUCCCACGGUGGUCCAGUAAAGAAGCCGGCUUACUGGUUAGUCACGGCGCAUUCCUGAUGCUGAGAACAUACCUUUCAUUGGUUGUUGCUCGCCUAGAUGGUGAGAUUGUACGCGAUUUAGUUGCUGGCAACGGGAGAGCGUUCUUAUGGGGCAUACUAAAGUGGUGCGGAAUUGGAGGCUUUGCCUCGUACACAAACGCCACGAUUAAGUACCUUGAAUCCAAGGUCUCCAUCGCCUUCCGUACGCGACUGACGCGAUAUAUCCAUGACCUCUACCUUAACGACAACCUUAACUAUUACAAGCUAUCCAAUUUGGAUGGAGGUGUCGGCCAAGGUGCUGACCAGUUUAUCACACAAGAUUUGACGCUAUUCUGUGCUUCAGCAGCCAACAUCUACUCAUCACUUGGCAAACCUUUUGUCGAUUUGUGUGUAUUCAACUACCAGCUUUACCGGUCUUUGGGCCCUCUUGCUAUUACUGGUCUCAUGAGCAAUUAUUUCCUGACUGCUAGCAUUCUGCGACGACUUUCACCGCCGUUCGGAAAACUAAAGGCUGUCGAGGGUCGAAAAGAGGGUGAUUUCCGAAGUUUACAUGCCCGUUUGAUUGCCAAUGCUGAGGAAGUCGCAUUUUAUGGCGGCGCCGAGACUGAAAAGACCUUUUUGAACCGUGAGUUCAAGUCGCUAAAGACUUGGAUGGAAGGCAUUUACAUGCUCAAGAUCCGCUACAAUAUCCUGGAAGAUUUCAUCCUCAAAUACAGUUGGAGUGCCUAUGGUUACCUGCUGGCAUCCCUCCCUGUCUUCCUACCGGCGUGGGGUGGCGUUGGAGGCCGGGCUGAGAUGGUUGAGAAUGGUGUACGAGGAGGACGAGAGCGCAACCGCAUGAAGGAGUUCAUCACGAACAAGAGACUUAUGCUUUCACUUGCAGAUGCAGGUGGUCGCAUGAUGUACUCGAUUAAGGACUUGUCAGAAUUGGCAGGAUAUACCAGCCGCGUGUACACACUCAUCUCGACACUACAUCGGGUAAACGCCGAUGCUUAUCAGGUUCGAGCUGGACAGAGCGAACUAUACUCUCUGUCUGAUGUCUCAGGAACUAUCCAGAAAGGAUUUGACGGUGUUCGAUUCGAGCAUGUACCAGUUGUCGCCCCUGGCCUGUGGCCUCAGGGGGGCGAGGAAUUGCUCGAAUCAUUAUCUAUCAUUGUGCGAAGGGGCGAACAUCUACUCAUCUCUGGGCCAAAUGGAGUGGGUAAAACCGCAAUUUCAAGAAUCCUCGCUGGCUUGUGGCCGGUCUACCGAGGACUGGUCAGUCGCCCGAAGGAUAUUGGUCAAGAUGGCAUCAUGUUCCUUCCUCAGCGACCUUACUUGAGCCCAGGAACCUUACGUGACCAGGUCAUCUACCCUGAUGGCCAUGUUGAUAUGAAGGAGAAGCGCAAAUCCGAGGAUGAUCUUAUUAAAGUUCUUGAAGCUGCGCGACUGGGUUACCUACCUGACCGAGAGGGUGGAUGGGACACUCGAAAAGAGUGGAAGGACAUUCUCAGUGGAGGUGAGAAGCAGCGCAUGGGCUUUGCUCGUCUACUCUACCACGAGCCUCAAUAUGCUAUUGUGGAUGAAGGUACAAGCGCCGUGUCGAGUGACGUUGAGGGCUUACUGUACGAGACAUGCAAAGAGAGGGGUAUUACACUUAUUACUAUCUCAACUCGAGCAUCUCUCAAGAAGUACCACGAAUACAACUUGGUCCUUGGUAUGGGUGACCGAGGAGAUGAAUGGGAAUUUGAGCGAAUUGGCACCGAACGUGAGAAGAUGCAAGUCGAGAAGGAGUUGCAGGAAUUACGCGAGCGACUGACGCAAGUGGACGAGUGGAAGAAGCGUCGAGACGAGAUUGAGACAGAGUUGUCGGCGGUCUGGACCGAGCAGGGUGAGGUUUUGGAGGCUCCCACAUACGCUGAGAAAGUAGCAGAGGUGCAGGAGUAG